AUGGACAUCAAAGUGGAGUCAAUAGAACAGGCAGCUGAAGAAUUGAUGUGGAUCAAUGAUUUUGCCAAACAGCAGAUAUAUUUGCAAAAAAAAUUUGCUAAUAAAUCAUCCAGCUGGCUUUUCAAAUCGGAUGAUUAUGAAGGCCUCUGCUUCAAUGAAACCGACCUCAAAGUUUGUAAAGAACCCGUGAAAGUGUCAAAGCAUUAUAUUGUCGAUUACGAUGCUAGCCACUUUCCAUAUGAGGAUAUCGUGCCAGAAGAUUCUGCCGAUGUCACUGCGGAAGAAAGAAUAACCACUGAUGGCAAAACUGAUGAAAAAUCGGCCAGUACCGAUAAAAAAUCUUUAGGCAUUAAACCCUGUCUUCUGAAGCCUUUAGUACUGAAAGCUUCAGUACUUGUAGAGGAAGGUUCUCAACAGAGUUUUGACCAGGAACGUAAGCGGUGUCUAGACAAAAACAUUCUCUUUGAAGAUCCACUUUUUCCAGCAAACAAUAACAGCCUAUUCCUUGAUCCAUCACUGCCUGCGAGCGUGAAGUCACCGUUUCAGCGGAGAUUCAAUAAUUGCGUUUGGCUUCGUCCUCAUGAAAUUGUUCAAAACCCUACAUUUUUUGUUGCCGGUCAAUCUCGUUUUGACGUUGUUCAAGGAGGGUUGGGUGACUGUUACUUAGCUGCAUCUGUCGCUACGUUAGCGAUGCAUAAAGAACUGUUUUAUCGGGUUGUACCGAUUAACCAGUCUUUCACCGACAAAUAUGCAGGAAUCUUUCACUUUCAAUUUUGGAAAUUUGGCCGCUGGGUUGAUGUGGUAAUUGAUGACCGGCUCCCGACGAAAGAUGGAAAACUUAUAUUUUUGAAAUCUGACGAACAAAAUGAAUUUUGGAGCGCUCUUUUGGAAAAAGCUUACGCAAAACUUUAUGGUUGUUAUGAAUGUUUAAUGGGCGGUUUGAUAUCAGAUGUUAUGGAAGACCUCACUGGUGGUGUCGUUGAGUGCUAUGAAAUUGGCAAAUAUCGAGAAUCGUUUGUUACAGCUUUACUAAUGACAAUGUUCUAUGAAGGUUCAAUGGUCAACUGUGGCACCGGGGUUCAACAUGCUACUAAAGGUUCUGUUCAACUUGUUCGACUUCGUAAUCCAUGGGGAUCAAAAAUGCAGUGGACAGGUGCCUGGGGUGAUGAAUCUGAAGAGUGGAAUUUUGUUAGUGAUAAGGAAAAGAAAAGACUGGAGAUGGUUGUCGCUGAAGAUGGCGAAUUUUGGAUGAGUAUGGAUGAUUUUUAUAACAAGUUCGACAGCAUUAAUGUAUGCACUCUGGCAAAUGAUAAUGUAAAUGAACUCUGUAAAAUAAUCGGAGGUGUAAGAACCGAUCGAAGUUGUAAAUGGUCUGCAAUUUCUACUUAUGGUCAUUGGGACAGUAAAUGUGGAAUGGAGGUAGAUGAUAUGACAGUUCCAAUUUCUAAUAAUCCGCAGUAUCUGUUACGUGUCGAACAAACUGAGGCUGAAAAAGGUCGCCGAACACCAGUGUUGGUUGAAGUCAUACAGAAACGACUUUACAGAAAACCUGUCAGCUCCUGUGUAAUAAUUGGCUUUUUUGUUAUCGACUGUACCGAUUUUCACGACGAACAACCUGUUGGUGACUCGGGCAAAAAGCGUAAGAUGCCGAGUGAAGUUCGGCUACCUGCUAAACCGCUGUUUAUGAAUUCUCGCCAAGUGACAUUGCUGAUUUUAAAAUCAUUACUAUUUGAUACAGCAACAGUACUCUCCUACGCACUUAACCCACCAGCCUCUGUCUGUAAUGGAGAGUGA